UGCGGGCUGACUCCCGAAUCUGUGCCGUGACGUUCUCCCCACCAGCACCUGCAUGAAGAUGCAUCAUUGACACUGACUGCGUCAACAGAAAAAAUCCCCACAAUGCAUCCAAUGCCCCGAUACCGAAGACCUUUACAGCCACAACGACCGCCCUGUUCUACGUGUUUUUGAUACUGACUGAGCCUCUUCUCUAACUUGCGCAAGUCACCUGCUGCCUCACACGCCAUGUCGACUCCAAAGGUUGUCCGAUGGGGCAUGAUGGCUACCGGCGGGAUUGUACGAACGUUUACCAAAGAUGUCCUGCUCGAUCCCUCCACCCGAAAUGUAACAGACAUCAGACAUGCCGUCACGGCUGUGGCCUCCUCUUCUUCCAUCUCCUCGGCGGAGAAGUUCAUCUCAGAAGUGGUAUCGCCCACCCAAUCCACGAAAUGCACACCCUACGGCUCGUACGAAGACCUUGUCAAAGAUCCAAAUGUGGACAUGGUCUACAUCGGUACUCCCCACUCGCAUCACUACCAGAACGCGAUGCUUGCACUCAGUCACAACAAGCCUGUGCUCUGUGAGAAAGCGUUGACCGUGAACGCGGCGCAAGCAAAAAUCCUAUACAAGACUGCAAAAGAGAAGAACUUGUUUUUCAUGGAGGCUGUGUGGACGAGAUACUUUCCUCUCAGCAAGGCGAUCAGGAAACAUAUUAUGGACAACGACCUUGGGGAGGUGGUCAGGGUCACUGCAGAUUUGAGCAUCAAUGCUAUUCCUGAGGACAGCUUUGAUGUCGGGCACCGCAUGGUCAAUCUGGACCUCGCUGGUGGCUGUCUCCUGGACUUGGGGAUAUACUCGCUCACAUGGGUAUUCCAGACCCUGUAUCACACUCUACCUGCUUCAUCGCGAGAGGAAAAUCGACCAAAGGUGGUGGGCACAGCCAUGACGUUUGAGCCGCGCACGCAUGCCGAUGAGUCGACGUUGAUACUGCUCGAGUUUCCGAAAUCGACGCCGAGCGGGAAGACAACGGCCCACGCAGUCGCGACGGCGGCAAUGCGCGUGAGUGACGAUCCAGCCAGAGAGCACGGAAAACCCGAGGCGCAAGUCCCUUCGGUUAGGAUCCAGGGCGAAAAGGGCGAGAUUCAGGUCUGGGGCCCAAUAUAUCGACCGACGAGGUACAGGCUUGUGCCAACAGAUAAGGACCGCGAGAUUGUUGAUCGGACGUUCGAGUUUGAGGGUGGUGCUCAUGGGAUGAUGUACGAAGCCGACGCUGCUGCUUACGCAUGGCUUGCUGGGGAGCUCGAGUCCGAGUCCAUGACCUGGGCGGAGAGCACAUUGAUCAUGGAGAUUAUGGACGAGGCGCGACAUCAGGCCGGUCUGACUUACCCUGACGACAUUGAGACGACUGAGUAUCCUGUGAAGUUGAAGGCGAGGGCUUCAUGAUGUAGAACCGUGUCGACGCAGGAUUUGAGCGCAUGUCUCUGUAGCGCAGGUGAAGUCUAUUGGACUUGCAAUAAUCCUCUGCCGAAAGCGAGAAGUUUUGUGAGCUUCGCCUACAGUACCGAAGCUAAACGUGCAUGUAUCUCA